AUGAUUCGGCUCGUUUUUAUUCCACUCGUUGUCGUGCUUGGGUUCCGCGGACGCAAGAAGCAUUUUACUCCUAUGAAUGAGGCAGGAACAGCCGCGGGACUGCCUGCGUUUGGUGAGUCGACCAAAGAUGGACAACUGCUGCCGGAACAUGCUGGUUCGGGAAAAACGGUAAUACCCGAAACUUUAUGGAACCAAGUCUGCGAGAAAAUAAUGGGGCUAAGCCAUGAAAUCGAAAAACUGGUGGGAACACCCGCUUAUUGCGCUGGAGAAAAGGACUGCGAAGCGGCAGUGCAACACUGGACGGACGGGUUCUCUCUCUUCAAUAACAAGCUGCCGCCAAAUUACGCAGAGCUGAACAACCCUGAUGUCUAUACCGACAACGGUGUCUCCUUUGUUGCUCUGUAUAACCCCAAGGCGAGCCCUGUGGCCAGCUGCGCCUUCGUCACUUGCACAAAAACAAGUGCAUUUGCUCCCCAGCGCUCUAGAAGCCCCGAUGUCCGGUCAUUAAGAAGACUUCAAAAUGAGCCCCAAAGAACUACUACUGCCGUUAUCUGCUUGACAAAUCCGGAGGCACUGAAGACUGGAGAAGCGCCAUUCAAGGAAGAGGAAUGGCAGAAGAUUGUUCAAGCUAUAGUUGGUACUGAAGAAUGCAACGGGGCCUCACACGUGAGGACGUCAUUGGCACUUGGGCUCAUAAUGAUGAUUUCUUCCUACGGUCCUUUUUAG